UCCGCAGCGCUCCCGGCAUCCCAUGGAUAUAGCAACAGGUCCCGAGUCGCUGGAGAGGUGCUUCCCUCGCGGGCAGACGGACUGCGCCAAGAUGUUGGACGGCAUCAAGAUGGAGGAGCACGCCCUGCGCCCCGGACCGGCCACCCUGGGGGUGCUGCUGGGCUCCGACUGCCCGCAUCCCGCUGUCUGCGAAGGCUGCCAGCGGCCCAUCUCCGACCGCUUCCUGAUGCGAGUCAACGAGUCUUCCUGGCACGAGGAGUGUUUGCAGUGCGCGGCAUGUCAGCAAGCCCUCACCACCAGCUGCUACUUCCGGGAUCGGAAACUGUACUGCAAACAAGACUACCAACAGCUCUUCGCGGCGAAAUGCAGCGGCUGCAUGGAGAAGAUCGCACCUACUGAAUUCGUGAUGCGGGCGCUCGAGUGCGUGUACCACCUGGGCUGCUUCUGCUGCUGUGUGUGCGAGAGGCAGCUGCGCAAGGGUGAUGAAUUCGUGCUCAAGGAGGGCCAGCUGCUGUGCAAGGGUGACUAUGAGAAGGAGAAGGAUCUUCUCAGCUCCGUGAGCCCUGACGAGUCAGACUCUGUGAAGAGCGAGGACGAAGAUGGAGACAUGAAGCCGGCAAAGGGGCAGGGCAGCCAGAGUAAGGGCAGUGGAGAUGACGGGAAGGACCCCAGAAGACCCAAACGGCCCCGGACUAUCCUCACCACACAGCAGCGGAGAGCCUUCAAGGCCUCUUUUGAGGUCUCCUCCAAGCCCUGUCGGAAGGUCCGAGAGACGCUGGCAGCAGAGACAGGCCUCAGCGUGCGUGUGGUCCAGGUCUGGUUUCAGAACCAAAGAGCAAAGAUGAAGAAGCUGGCCCGGCGGCACCAGCAACAGCAGGAACAGCAGAACUCCCAGCGGCUGGGCCAAGAGGUCCUGUCAAGUCGCAUGGAGGGCAUGAUGGCCUCCUACACGCCGCUGGCACCCCCGCAGCAACAGAUCGUGGCCAUGGAACAGAGCCCCUACGGAAGCAGCGACCCCUUCCAGCAGGGCCUCACGCCGCCCCAAAUGCCAGGUGACCACAUGAACCCCUAUGGGAACGACUCCAUCUUCCACGAUAUCGAUAGCGAUACCUCCCUCACCAGCCUCAGCGACUGCUUCCUUGGUUCCUCUGACGUGGGCUCCCUGCAGGCCCGUGUGGGGAACCCCAUCGACCGGCUCUAUUCCAUGCAGAGCUCCUACUUUGCCUCCUGAGAGCCAGCUGGGCCGCAUGGACGCUUGGGCCUGGGCCU